AUGAACCAAGCAACACACAUUGAAAAUAUCAUAGUGAAGCAAAAUGAAGCACAAAUAUUGAAGAAUCGUUUACGAUUAAAAGCUUCAAUUGACAUAGUUCGUUGGUUGACAUUCCAAGCUUGUGCUUUACGAGGACAUGAUGAAACGCCUAAUUCCAAAAAUCGAGGUAAUUUUCUUCAACUACUAAAACUUCUAGCAUCUUAUAAUGAUGAAGUUGCAAAUGUUAUAUUAGAGAAUGCUCCUUAUAAUUCAAAUUAUACUUCUGGAGAUAUUCAAAAAGAAAUUCUUAGUAUUAUUGCAAAUAAAGUUAGGAAGCAUAUUCGUAGUGAAGUCGGGGAUUCAUACUUUUGUGUCAUGGUUGAUGAGUCACGAGAUGAGUCUAAAAAAGAGCAAAUGGCCAUAGUUUUGAGAUUUGUUGAUGCAGAAGGGAUCAUACGGGAAGUUUGUGCUUCCAGUAAGCGUCAUGAUGAGUUACAAAAGGCAAAGGCAACUGAGAUUGAACAUUUAUUGGAACUUAGUGAAAUCGAAUCAAAUAAAGGAUUGAAUCAAGUUGGGACACUAAGAAGAGCUGGUGAUACACGUUGGGGUUCUUAUUUUCAUCCCGUUUGCAGUUUUCUUAACAUGUUUGAUUGUACUCGUGUUGUUCUCCAAAGAAUAAUUGAUGAUGUAUCUGCUACUUAUUCUCAAUGCGGAGAUGCUGAUGUGGCUUACUGUUACCUGAAAUCAUUUGAGUUUGUGCUUAUUAUUCACUUGAUGAAAGAAGUAAUGGGAAAAACUGAUAUACUUUCUCAAGCUCUACAAAAGAAAUCCCAAUAUAUUCUUAAUGUCAUGGAGUUAGUUUCAGCAACAAAGGAGAUUCUAAAUGAUUUCAGGAACAACGGAUGGGAUUCUUUACUUGAACAAGUAAAAAAUUUUUGUGAUCAACAUCAAGUAGAUAUGCCAUAUAUGCAAGCUCCAUAUACUUCUACUCAAUACCGACCUCGAAAAAACGAUAAUCAGUUUACUUUGGAACAUUUUUAUCGAGUAGAUUUAUUUACAUCCACAUUGGACAAACAGUUACAUGAGUUGAAUAGUAGAUUCAAUGAUCAGGGGAUGGAGUUGUUAAGUCUUAGUUCUACUUUAGUUUCAAAAGAACACUCUAAAAUGAUUAACGUUGAUCAGAUUUGUCUUCUUGUUGAAAAGUAUUAUCCUGAAGAUUUUACGGAGCAAGAGAGAAUUCAAUUACGAUAUCAGUUGGAUAUUUUUAAUAUCGAUAUGAUAAAGAAUAAUAAGCUAAGUCGUGUAUCAACUAUUGCUGACCUAUGCAAAGUUCUUGUGGAACCUCAAAAACGUGAGACGUAUUAUUUGCUUGAUAGAGUGGUUCAGUUAAUCUUGACACUUCCAGUUUCUACUGCAACAACAAAUAGGGGAUUUUCAGCAAUGAAAAUAUUCAAGAGCUGCAUUCGCAAUAAGAUGUCAGAUGACUUUCUCGCAAACAACUUGGUGGUUUACAUAGAAAGAGAAAUUGCUGAAAACAUUGAUACGAAGUCGGUAAUUGAUGAAUUUAAAGACCUUAAAGGUCGUCGGGCUGAGUUGUAA